AGUGAUGAAGUGAAGUCAGUGUCAGUGUCAGUGAUGGAGGGAGAUUCUGUUACUCUACACACUAAUGUUACUGAAAUAAAUAUUGUUGAUCAGUUAGAAUGGACAUUUAUACCUCAAGAGACUCUCAUAGCUUUAAUUGAUAAAGAAAUCAGUGGGACCCCAAUUUAUGGUAACAUUGUUCUUGAUGGAAGAUUCAGAGAUCGAGUGAAGGUGGAUUAUCAAACUGGAGAUCUCAUCAUCACAAACAUCACAGCUCAACACACUGGACUCUAUCAAAUGACAUUUAUCAGCAAGUUGAAGAUAUCAAACAGAUUCACAAUUACUGUCUAUGGUCCUUUGCCCAUUCCUGACAUUAGCAAGGUCUCUUCACAAUGUUCCUCAUCAUCAGAAAGAUCAUCAGACUCAAAAUGUGUGUUGUUGUGUUCAGUGUUAAGUAUGACAGAUGUGAUUCUCAGUCUGUCCUGGUACAAAGGAAACAGUUUAUUGUCCAGCAUCAAUGUGUCUGAUCUCAACAUCAGACUCUCUCUACCUCUGGAGGUUGAAUAUCAGGAUAACAACACAUACAGAUGUGUGGUGAACAAUCCUCUCAUAAAUCAAACUCAACAUCUCAUCAUCACUGAUGUCUGUGAACCGUGUUCAGAUUUUGUCAAUUCUUGUGCUUUGACUGAAGCUGUUAUCCGAUUGGUCGUCUCUGCUCUGGUGGGCGUGGCUGCUGUUGCUGCAUCUGUUGUUUUGAUUUAUGACAUCAGAUCCAGAAGAGAUGAACAGAAGAGAAGAUCAUAAACAUCAGCAAACACAAAACUUCAUCUAGAGAUCCACAGAUUAUUUUGGGUUCCUUGCUGUUGUGAUAUUUUUACUGUAUCGUUUUGUGGGUGAGAG